AUGGUUGCUAAAGAUGAAAAGAAAAUUGAGCCAGAUGUUUGGUAUGUGGAUACUGGCUGCAACAACUACAUGAGUGGUAGUAAGUCUUCUUUCUCUCAUCUGAAUGAAAAUUUUCAAUCUACUGUGAGUUUUGGUGAUCAUUCUACUGUGAAAGUAAUGGGAAAAGGUGACAUUAAAAUAAAAACGAAGAAUGGUUUUGUGGAAACAAUAUCUAAUAUAUUGUAUGUUCCUAAUUUGAAAAGUAAUUUAUUGAGUGCUGGCCAAUUACAAGAAAAGGGUUAUGUGAUCACUAUUAAAAAUGGUGUUUGUGAAAUAUAUGAUUCUGCUAGAGGUGCUAUUGCUGUUAUUCAGAUGAGUUCAAACAGAUUGUUUCCAUUAAAGAUUGAAGGAAUCCAAUCUAGUUUAAUGGCUGAAAUGAAAGAUCCUUCAUGGUUAUGGCAUUUUCGCUAUGGCCAUUUGAGCUUUAGUGGGUUGAAGACGCUCCAACAGAAAAAUAUGGUGACAAGCCUCCCUCAAAUCACAAUUCCUCAUUCCUUAGUAUGUGAAGAAUGUGUUGUUAGCAAACAACAUCGAUCUGAAUUUGCAAAAGGGAACUCAUGGAGAGCAAAGAGAAUUUUGUAA